GAAGGUCGGUGUCGAGGGGAGCGGCGCUGACGCGGGGGCUGCUGGGGAGAAGCUGCUCAAAGAUACACGAUCAGUCUAUAUGUGCUUCAUCGAAUGUUGGAAGAAUGACAGAUGACAGGGAUGUACUGCGUGAUGUUUGGUUUGGAAGAAUACCAACCUGUUUCACCUUAUCUCAGGAUGAAAUAACAGAACGAGAGGCUGAACCUUAUUAUCUGCUUUUGCCAAGAGUCAGCUAUUUCAUGCUCGUCACUGACAAAGCUAAAAAGCAUUUCCAGAAAGUUAUGAGACAAGAAGAUGUGGGAGAGAUGUGGUUUGAAUACGAAGGGCUACCUCUGAAGUGGCAUUAUCCAAUUGGUUUACUUUUUGACCUUCAUGCAUCGAACACUGCACUUCCAUGGAACAUUCUAGUACAUUUCAAGAAUUUUCCCGAGAAGGAACUACUUCACUGUACCACCAAGGAUGCCGUUGAAGCUCAUUUCAUGUCCUGCAUUAAAGAAGCUGAUGCCUUAAAACACAAAAGUCAAGUAAUCAAUGAGAUGCAGAAAAAAGACCAUAAGCAGCUCUGGAUGGGCUUACAAAAUGACAAAUUUGACCAAUUCUGGGCCAUCAAUCGAAAACUAAUGGAGUGUCCAGGAGAUGAAGGAGGUUUCCGGUAUAUUCCUUUCAGGAUAUAUCAGCCUUUAAACGAGAAACCGUUUAUUCAGAAGCUGUUUCGACCACUCAGUCCAGAUGGACAACCACACAGCCUUGGUGACUUGUUAAAAGAAGUGUUUCCUGCUGCUGUACCUUCUGACGAUGAGGAGAAACCAUAUCAAGUUCUGAUUCAUGGGAUUGAGCCAAUGCUGGAGACACCAUUACAGUGGCUCAGCGAGCAUCUGAGCUACCCAGACAAUUUCCUGCAUAUUAGUAUCAAUCACCUGUCUAGAGACUGAGAAAGCAGGGAACUCACAGAUAGUAAAAAGCAAACCGCCCCCUCACUGGACUUGCCAGAGCAGUUAUAUCUACUUCCAUUGAACCUGCCGGAAGCAACCCGACCAGAAAAAAACUCGCUGCUGCAAGCCAAACAGAAAGAAAGAUCCUAAAAUCAGAUAUGGGGCUGGUCCUAGUUUGCAUCACUGCUACAAUUCUGCUGUCGUCAUAAAACCUCACUUGCGACAUGAAAGACUUCUCAAGACCACUUUGUCUCAUGUUUCUUGUAAAACAGUGAAUGUGUUAUUUUCUAAGACGACAGGCAGUGGAAACAUGCAAUGUUUGAUUUGUCCUCCUGAUUAACAAAUAAACGAGGGUAUUUCCAAAAGUGACCAUGACUUAAUUAGAGAAUGAGAGAAUGGAAAAAAUAGGUUUAUGCUUAGCAAAGGACUAUCCUGUCUUGCAGGAAAUCAAGUAGCAUGUGAAGAUGCUAGCAAGAAUUCUAUAGAAAUAUCUGUCUUUGUUUUGCUACUCUCUUUCCUUGGAAUUUACACAUCUUCCUCAGCCAUAUGUUCUAGUUAGAAGGCUGUAAACUCCAGCAUGCUGUGUAUAUGUUCUGUUGUUUGAGAUUACAAAGCAAACCCAAAAUUAUAUUCAUCAAAGGAUGCACAAACAGGAAAUCAAACAUUUUACUUGUUGAUGAAUAUGUAAACAUGGAAAAUUAUGGUUAUGUACCAGACAUAAAUUCUGAAUUUUAAAAACGUUAGUUGAAGCAUUUGUUUUCUAUUUCUAGAUGUGAAUAAAAAUUCCAUAACUGUGAUUAUCAGAUUGCACACCAUUUUCAAAGCAUGCUGUUUCACUGUUUUACAUUUCUAUGGGUAUACACCAAUCAGGUUUUAUCAUAAUCAUGCAUUUUAGGCAUCUUUUUGCAUCCUUGCAGUAAACAAUGCAGUGUUUCUGAUUUGCAUAUUUACAUGUGCAGAUGGCUGAAAUGACUUGUGGAUUAAGUACAGGUGGAAUCGUUGUUUGCUAAAUGCCCCCUUUUAAGGAGAUUUUAUGGGACAGUGUAGCUUCAGUUUGUAGUUAAUGGCUCUGAGUGCUGAUAAGAUCGACUAGGAAAUUGCUGUACAUGAUUACAGUGGAACCAAAAGUGAACCAAAUAUCUUUCCCGUGGCUGCACCCAAACAUUGUGGCUAAAGAGUAGUUUCAGCGGGGAAAAUGGCAAGGGGUGAUUUACUAUAGCAGACUGAGAUUACACAUCAAAGACUCAGAAACGCUUUCACAAAACCAAUUAUUAAAUAAAGCUCGUCAUGAAAAAUAUCCACUGUAUUUUGUUUUUGCUAUAAAUCAGAUUGUUAGCCUUUAAUCCUAAUUUAGUUACAGUGUGCAUACCAGAGGUAUGUAGGAUAUUGUAGCAGUACUGGCUGUAGGAAAACCUAUUAUAGAAGUUCAAAAAUGCAUUUUGGACUUCCAACACAUCAAAAUGGUGCGUUAAACUUCAACACGAUUGUAAUACUAUUUGUGCAGAUGUUCAGAGAAGAAAAGAGAUGUUCAGAGAAGAAGAGCAAGCCAAACUCCUAAGAGAAAUAUUAAAGGACAGUUAUAGAAAAGAUAAAUUGAAAGCUCAGCAGUAAGUUAACCAUCUCCUAUGGGAGAUUCAUAACUCACAGAGAAAGGUAAGUUAUAAUUGUCUUUUGUAGAAGCGAAAGAACAACUGGACUUGCUGUCACUGGAGAGCUAGCCAUUUAUGGGAUCGAAUAGUUCCUGAAAUAUGAAUAUAAAUCCUAAAUUUGGAGUGUUCCACGUGCCUAACAAUUACAUAUUAAUUCAUCAUGUUUUUAUUUUCCAGUUGUGUGAUUUAUUACUCCACUGGCCAGUGAAAAUCUGGUCUUUUUAAGGAGGGCUGUAAACUUGUCAACCAAUUCACCAUUUCAAAUGGAUGUUUGCAGGACUCAUUUAAUGUACUGUAUGUUUGCCGCAACAUUCAGAGGAAGCCGCUCUGUACUAAAACACCUGCUUGAGAUCUUAAAUACCAUUUUACCCCUUGAGAUCUUAAAGCUGUUUGCUUUAUAUUUGAAAAGGGAUUGACACUCAUAGAAUUUUAACUUUUGGUUUAAUAGUUAUAUAACAUGCUGAAUGAAAUUAGUCAAAAAAGUCAGGAAUACACUUUCCCUGAAUUUUUGAUACAGGAAAAGAUUCCUGUAUAAUUUGGGUUGGUUGUAUCUUAGCUAUUCCUACCACUAUCCAUUUGUGGUUUACAUGAGGAAAUUAGUUAAAGCAAUAUUGUGUUUCCUUUGUGGCACUGGUCAAGGUACAAUAAGUAGAAGCUUGUCCAAAUGUUGUACAAAUGCUUAUCAGUGAACCUAAUUGUCUAAUACAUGCGUGGAAGAUAAUGUGCAGUUCUUGUGAUACUUUGGUAUUGUUAACUUUUAAUUAUGCUGCAAAACUAGUUAUUUUGAUAAUAAAAAAAGACUCAAGCCUGGCCUUUUACUUAAA